AUGUCCACUGCAAUGAAGACAGGUCUCCUUCCUCUGUGUGUGUGCCUGCUGCUGGCCUCUGGCUCAGGUGAGGCAGGCAAGCUGCUGGUGGUCCCCAUGGAUGGCAGUCACUGGUUUACCAUGCGCUCGGUGGUGGAGAAGCUCAUUGAGAGAGGGCAUGAGUUGGUUGUUGUCAUGCCAGAGGUGAGUUGGCAACUGGGACAGUCUCUGAAUUGUACAGUGAAGAGCUACAGGACGUCUCACACCCUGGAAGAUAUGGACCGUGUGUUCGAGGAUUUUGCCAGAUAUCAAUGGAAAGUUCGAGAGGACAACUUAUUUAACGUUAAGAAGGGUCCAUUGUACAAUUUAUUUGAACUCAUUUUUUCGCAUUGUAGGAGUUUGUUUAAUGACAAGAAGUUAGUGGAAUAUUUGAAAGAAACUUCUUUUGAUGCAGUGUUUCUGGAUCCUUUUGAUACGUGUGGCUUAAUAGUGGCCAAAUAUUUAUCACUGCCAUCUGUCGUGUUCACCAGGGGAGUAUUUUGCCACUAUCUUGAAGAAGCUACGCAGUGUCCCUAUUCUCUUUCUUAUGUUCCUAGAGGUCUGUUAAGAUUCACAGAUGUCAUGACCUUCAAGGAGAGAGUUUGGAAUCAUAUCACUCAUUUUCAAGAGCGUUUAUUUUGCCACCAUUUUUUCAAAAGUAUUUUAGAACUUGCUUCUGAAGUUUUCCCAGAGCCUGUCACGCUCUAUGACCUCUUCAGCCACACCUCAAUCUGGCUGAUAAGAACUGACUUUGUGUUUGACUAUCCCAAACCUGUGAUGCCCAACAUGGUCUACGUGGGUGGUAUUAACUGCCACAGGGGGAAACCUUUGUCGAAGGUGAGUUCUAGCUCCUUUAGCCUGGAGGGAGUAUUGGUUUUUUUUAUUAAUGCUUUAAUUUAA